AUGGGAAGCUCUCAACUUCACGUUGCUCUCCUCUCGAGUCCCGGCAUGGGUCACCUUAUCCCGGUGCUAGUGCUCGGAGAUCACCUCGCCACCCACCAUAACGUGAAAGUCACCGUUCUCGCCAUCACCAAAUCAGCCGAAACCCAAUUUCUUAAAUCCCAUCAGAAAAGUAAUAGCCCCAUAGACAUAAUCCCCGUCCCCGCCGGCGAUGUCUCCGGUCUGAUCGACGAGAAAACUAAAGUCUUCACUCAGCUACGGAUAACGGUCCGGGAGGCACUUCCGAGCAUCCGGUACAGCAUGGCCGCCAUGGACCGCCGCCCCGACACCCUCAUCGUCGACGUAUUUUGUACCGAAGCCUUGUCCAUUGCCGAGGAAUUGGGGAUUCCGAGGUACGCUUAUCAUCCUACCACGGCGUGGACUGCUGCUCUGUUCAUGUAUUUUCAAGUGUUUGAUAAGACUAUCGAGGGGGAAUUCGUGGACCGCCUUGAACCGUUGAGAAUUCCCGGGUGCAUGCCGGUCCAACCGGAAGACAUUGUUGAUCCCUUGCUGGACCGGACCGACCAGCAGUACCGGGAAUACGUUAAUCUCGGGAUAGAAUAUACCCGGUUUGACGGGCUAUUGAUUAACACCUGGGAGGAACUGGAGCCUAACACCCUUAAAGCUCUAAGAGAAAACGAGGAGUUGCGGGGUAUCGUGAAAGUACCAAUAUACCCUAUAGGUCCGUUGAAGAGAAACUUUGAGGGGAAGAAUGAAGGGGAGGGCAGAAGCGAUAUUUUGAAGUGGUUGGAUAGGCAACCCGUGGAGUCGGUUUUGUACGUUUCGUUUGGGAGCGGAGGAUUCUUGACGGCGGAACAAACGGCGGAGUUGGCUUGGGGGUUAGAGAAUAGCCAACAAAGAUUCGUUUGGGUGGUCCGGCCGCCCUGUGACGGUGGUCCCGACAACUCCAUCAACCCCAAAUUAGAAGGCGGCGAUGGCGCCGCCCCGGAUUACUUGCCAGAAGGAUUUCUAGCUCGGACUCGAGAUGUGGGAUUUGUGGUCCAGAUGUGGGCUAACCAGAUGGAAAUAUUGACCCACCCAUCAGUGGGCGGGUUUUUAUCCCACUGCGGAUGGAACUCGACUUUAGAAAGCCUGACAAAUAACGUGCCAAUGGUUGCAUGGCCGUUAUACGCGGAGCAGAAGAUGAACGCUACCAUGCUGGCGAAGGAAGUCGGGGUGGCGGUCAGGCCAGCAGUGACGCCGACGGUGAAGGUGGUGAGGAGAGAGGAGAUAGAGAGAAUGGUGAGAACUCUAUUGCAGCACAAUGAAGGGAAAGGCAUCAGGGAGAAAGUGAAGAAAGUAAAAGCCAGCGGCGAUAUUGCACUAAGCAAGGGCGGAUCUUCCUACAAUUCCAUGUGCGAGCUGCUGAAAGAUAUUCAUACAAGAAUGCACAGUACACUCGGAAAUCCCAAUCCAUUUCUCUCUCAGAUCACAAAUUAAUUAGACAGGUGGUUGGUGAGAUUAAUGGAAGCUCGAGAAGGGGAGCAUUUGGAAUGAUUAUUGAUGAUGUAAAAGGUUUGCUUCUUCUUUUUGAGAGUAUUGAGUUUUGUUUUGUGCAUUGGUCCGCAAACGGAGUGGCUUAUGAGUUAGUUAAAGUUGUUUAAUCUUUGUGUGGUGUGGUGGAGUGACUCGUCUCUCCUCCCACUUUUUUGUAUGAGUUUCUUUCUAUAUGGAUGUU